AUGGUUAUUUACGGAGUCUACAUCGUUAGCAAAUCAGGAGGCCUGAUUUACAAUUACGACCAUAAUAUCCCACGGGUAGAAACAGAAAAGACAUUUGGAUUUCCUUUAGAUAUUAAGUUAGGCUACGAAAAUAAGAAAGUUAUCGUCGUUUUUGGCCAAAGAGAUGGUAUAAAUGUAGGUCAUAUUCUUCUCUCUGUAAAUGGAUCUCCUGUUAACGGUCGGACGACAGAAGAUGGGAAAGAUGUUUUUGACAUAAUAGGAGUAAAGGAAAGCUUUCCCCUUAGUUUAAAAUUUGGAAGAUUAAGGGCGACCACUAAUGAGAAGAUAGUGUUAGCUAGCAUGUUUUACCCUUUGUUUGCACUCGCAAGCCAACUUAGUCCUGUACCCAAGUCAUCUGGAAUUGAAACACUUACUGCUGACACAUUUAAAUUAUCUUGCUUUCAAACCCUUACUGGAGUAAAAUUCAUUCUAGUAACAGAUCCCAACAUGCAAGGCCCAGAUGUCGUUCUCAAGAGGAUCUACGAGCUUUACUCUGACUAUGCCUUGAAGAACCCUUUCUAUUCCCUUGAGAUGCCCAUCAGAUGUGAACUGUUUGAUACUUCACUACAUACAUUACUGGAGUUGGUUGAAAAGUCCGGAACUUCUAAUUUA